GAUUUCUUCACUUAAACAUAUGAUCCAAGUCUGAUGUCUUACUCAAUCCGUAACACUGACUGUUUAUCUUGGCUUUGAAUAUGUAUCUUUGCAAAAAAAAGAGAGAAAAAACUAUAGCAGGAUUUUCUUCUCUCCUUUUUCUGACCAGACACUGUUAUACUGCGUAAAGCCUGUUUGAAAAGUCAAAGCAGCUUGUUCCACAAACUUCUAAAUGUAUCUUUGCACCUUUGUGCUUUAAACAUAUCUGUAAAAGUUGUAAAUUCCUGAGGCAUACACCUGUAGUCUUCUUACGCUGUUCAGUAUUGAGGUAUAAGUAGAUUUGAUUUAUCCCUUUUAACACCACAAUGAGUUGUCAGACUGUCCUCAGUUAUCAGUGACCUGUGUUUGCUUUGAAAGGGGGACUGAUUUUACCAGCGACCUUCAUGGGACUGCCUCAGCUCCUCCUCUUUUUAAAUCUCAACUCUCCACUUGUGAAAAUUACCCACGAGUGGACGGUGAGAGGUUCAGACCUGAGGAAAGCUGUCAACACCAUGGAGGAACAGAGUGACAGAUCAAGCAAGAGAAAAGUUGUAGCAGUGGUGGGCGGAGGUUUGGUAAGAAAAAGAAAAUGAAAGUGAAUUAUCAAUUUAUUGCAAAGAACUUCUGGACUCCUGAGCUUCAACUGAACACUGGCCUUUAGAGAGGUGUCUCUUUUUUAAAGGGAAAACCUCUAAAAAAAGCACUGAAAUGUUUGAAUGACAGGGACUUGAUUACAUUGGUGUUGAAUGUGAAUUGGUAUUUGUAAGUGUUGCACAAAGAAAGCCAGAUUAAAAAGUGUUCAGCUAUACAACAUGUUUAUUGUAAUUGUAAAUGAUAAGAACUUGUUAUCAUACCCGCAAAAGUAACUGUAAAAGUACUGUCCUAAUUUUUCUUUCUUCUUCAGGUGGGAGCUCUGAAUGCGUGUUUCUUUGCCAAAAGAGGCUUUGAUGUGGAAGUCUUUGAAUCUAGGGAAGGUAGUGUUGAAAGCUCCACUUUCUGAGGAAAUAACACUGUCACAUCCCCCAAAGCAAAGAGGAAUUACAACUGAAUGUAUGAGAUUAAAACAGUGUGUCUGGUCCUGUUCAGAUAUCCGGCAAGCCAAAGUUGUGAAGGGGAGAAGCAUCAACUUGGCUCUAUCUCACCGAGGCCGACAAGCACUGAAGCAUGUUGGAAUGGAGGAGAAGGUACGCAGGACUGUUAUAUUCACUGUUUUAUUUUCAAUCGUUCAAUAUUCAAUUGUACUGCAUCAGAUAAAACCAAAAGGUAUCUCAAGACACCCCACUAAAAGAGCAGGCCCAGAAUGUACUCUUAAUUAUUUAUCAAGACUCAGUACAGGUCCAACAUCAGCAACCCUUUGACAAUAUUUGGAAAAAGAGAAAAAUCAUUCCUUAAAAGGCUCCAGGUGACACUCUGCUACAGCUAAAGAUUAGAAUAUAGGCAACUACAGCAGCAACAACAGAGUACACUGACCUAUAGCUAAAAUGCCAAGAAUUUAAAUAAUGAUUGCAAAAAAUUGCAUGAUAAUCAAAAUUGACCAAUAGAAAAUUUUAUGUUGAAAUAAAUGGUUCACAGGACAAGAAAAUGAAACAAUAAAAAGGACAAUUGACAUUAUCAGUAUAAAAAAAAAUUUAAAAAGGAAAAAAGAAGAAAAAAAAACAGAAAAAGAUUUUUCAUUCAAACAAACAACAUCACAGCAGAUCAUAUUAAUAUUAAAGCUCCUGUGAGGAACUUUCACUUCGUACACAUUUGACAGCCCCUGUUAACUAAGCAGUCUUUGCUCAACUUGCUCUCUACAUGCACAAACAGUGUGAUCUAACAAAACUGUCUUAUCAUAUGUAGUCAGAUAUCUUUAUUUAUUAAAUUAUUAUUAUUAUUAUUAGUAGUAGUAGUAGUAGUAGUAGUAGUAGUAGUAGUAGUAGUAGUAGUAGUAGUAUUGUGUGAAUAUUUCUGUGAAAAUUGUGUAAACAGUUUUUCUUUGUCCAUCUGCUUGGCUGACACUUACCACCUCCCACCAGUUUUAAAAAUUAGCAUAUAAAAAUCAUCGGUCUUGUAUGUUUUUAAAUAUUUUCAGUGAUUUCUGUUUUUUUUUUCUCACGAACAUCAAAAACUCCUCACAGAAGCUUUAAGCAAAUUUACAUCCCAUCUUGUUUCUUUUAAGCUCAUUAAAGGAGUUGUUUGACAUCAGCGAAAUAGACUGAAAUUCAAAGACUUUUCUGAUAUACAAAGCAAAUGACCAUGUGUGUGUGUGUGUGUGUGUGUGUGUGUGUGUCUGUGUGUGUGUGUGUGUGUGUGUGUGUGUGUGUGUGUGUGUGUGUGUGUGUGUGUGUGUGUGUGUGUGGUGAGUGUAACCAUAUUAAUGGUCAGUCAUCAAUGUGUGAGGGAACUAAUGACUCUAUAACUUGCUUUACUGUUGAUUUAGUCAGGAGGUUAUGGCUUGAUAUAACAUUAGUAAGGCUGAUAAUGAUAUUGAUAUAACCAGUGGUGGACAAAGUACACUGCUCCAUUACUGGAACAAAGAAGAUAGGCUCACUCCUGGUCAAAUAUUAUUCCAACCCAAGUGAAAGUUGCUAAGUCAACUUAUUUGUUGAGCUUAAGUCCUGGAGUACUUGCUUUUAAAAAAUACAUAGACAAGGCAAGGCAAGGCAAAUUUAUUUCUAAAGCAAAUUUCAAGGCAGUUCAAAGUGCUUAACAUGGACAUCAGAAGAAUCAUUACAGAUGUCAUGAUUAUUGUGGCCCUCAAACAUCUCAUGAACAAAUGUAAAAAUCAAACAAGACAGGAAGUAAAACUGAGGAAAGCUAAGACAAAGGUGAAGCAAUACAACAUGUGUUCAUAAAUAUUACAAGUCCAUCAUUUUCUACUCUCACAGUUUCUUUCUGAUGCUUGUUUUUAGCAUAAUAUCAAUAUUGUAGUAUUUUCAAAAACAUUAUAAAUUUAAGACCCCCAAAAAUUGUACUUUAAUACAGCGCUCAAAUAUAUUUUCUCUCUACUGUCCUCCGCUGUAUACAGUACGAAUAAGGCUGAUAAUAAGAUAAUGCUGAUGCCAGUAGAGUAAGACAGCUUAGAGCCAUUGCAUCACCAUUAAGCCUCUGAGGUCAUCUACACUCCUCUCCUAUUUGCUCUACCAGUCCUCCUGGGCCAGACAUCACAGGCUCAAGUGGAGUCAAGUGGGUGGAAAGCCUUCACUUUUCGUUGAGCUGGAUUUGUAGUAAUGAAAUAUUAACUUUGUGGCCAAGCCUCAGGGAUUCUGUCCACUCAGGACACUCUGGCAUCUGAGGUCGGCAGUCUUUUUUCUUCAUUGUCCACGUUUGCUGUUCUGACCGCAUCAUGCAGGCCCGAGAAGUGUGCAUCAGACACUGAUAUUUUACACAUGCAUGAGGAGACAAGGUUUUCACAAACACUUUCAAAGGCAGAUAGUGGGUGGUCAUGUGAGCGUGCUGGACGGGCUGUGGCACGACAACGUUUUUUGCCUGGGUAUUUACCCCCUUUGGGCUUUUACUCUUUUCAUAAUGAUAUACUCUGGAGUUUACAUUUGCUUUUUGCAGCCUGAUAAACAAAUACAAGCAGUCCAGAAAGCAUCUGUUGGAUACAAAGUAAUUGAACUGGAGGUGACUGGUGGCACCUGGGUUCAUUCUGGGAUUUCACAGCAAAGCAAUCAAAGCUUUUCAUAUUAAAUACAUAUAUCUCCCUCUGCAGUUGUUUCAUGGUUAAACAUGACAGUUUAAAGGGGAUGAAACACCAACUAUAUAUCCACAAAGUCCAUUUACAGAAGUGAAAGUUAAAACACAUAUUCUCCUUUAUGAUGUUAAAUUAUACAGUGAUUUUUUUCUAGAUUUUAAUGAGGGUUAAUCUAAAAAUAUAACCCCUUUCAUUAACUUUGAUUUCAGAUUGUCUCCAAAGGGAUCCCCAUGCAUGCAAGAAUGAUCCACUCUCUGUCUGGGAAACAGUCCCCGAUCCCUUAUGGCAAGAAAGGUCAGGUAAGCCGGUCAUAUAUUUAAUCGUGCACAGCUCAAAAAGAGCUAGGACAUGAGCACUAGCAUGUUGUAUUUCAGACGACUAAAGGAUAACAUUUUCCUCCAAAAACAGGAGAAAGAGGUUCAUUAUUCUUUGAUUGGAAUAGCUGAACUUGAGCGCUGACUUCUGCUGGAGUGGCAUACAUAUGUAGUAUGUAGGAAGAAGGUGAAAAUACAUUUUCAUAAGUAGGAUAUAUUUACCUUUCAUGGCUUUACUGAUUAUAUCUACGUUAACAUCCAACAUGUAUAUCACCCAAAACUGUUAAACCGUGGUGCAUUUGUUAACUUUAAAAAUUCAUACGGCUCAAUCUUUCAAGACUCGGAAAAUAAAGUUGUCUCUUGUAUCAACUUGCCGCUUGUGAGGAUAGGUUGAGACUUACGAGAGGGUAGGAUGAGCCACAAGUGGAUAAAUUGCUCCACUCUUUAUGUUGAAGUAAAAAUUGAAUAUUUGAACUUUAUGUACCGCUUUAUUAAAGUAAGACAAAUUCUGAAAGCUAUUAUCUAAAGGUAAAAGUUUACGACUUAAAAGGCUGGUUUUCUUUACCAAGGAGGUCCAUUACCAGACCUGAACCAAAUCAAAUUCAAGGUAAAAAUGGCAUUUACAUAAACUGCAAAUAAAGGAAAAAGAAAAUCUGAUUGGAUUUACUGACUUUAGCCACAGGCUGUCAUAAUAACUGCUCACAUUUGGCAGUGAUUUGAUAGGAAGAAAAUGUACAUUGCUCCUCUAGGCUGAGCCAUUCAGUACCUUUACAUGUGGUUAAAAAAACAGAUUUAUUGCCCCAGUUUGACUGAAACUUGACUUAAAAAAAAACAUGUAAACACAUUAGUCCAACUGAAAUCAAACUAAAUCGAGCUUCUCGUAGUCGGGCUAACAUACUGAGAUAAUGAAGUUACAAAUUGACUUUCUCUUCUUUGUGUAAGACUAAAACUGGCUGAAGAGUUCUGUGCAUGCUUUAUUGUUCACAUGCCGGGCCUUGAGCUGGAGGUUGAGUAGCAGAAAGGCAUUGGUAGGAAGCCGGGUUGCAUACAAAAACUUGACAGGUGGAAAAAAAAGGACGUUACAAAAGAUGAAUUUUUCCUAUCAUACACACAAACAACACAGAGCUAUGAAAGUGAUGAUGUUUACGUUGUUCUUCAAUCACCCUGUUAGCCUCUUGGUAAUGCAUCUAUCGAUUGUUUUGGUUCUGGUCUUCCAGGAGAUAACCCAUAGUACUGAGCUAUAAGGGGGCAGUUUGCCACCAGCUGUAACAGUGGCAGACAUCUUCUGUCAAUAAUUAGAUUCUUGCCUGGUUCUUGUAAACUGGGACAAGGACAUUAGUCCAGUUAAAUCACCUAAUAAAACUAUGACCGUUGCUUACUUAACUGUGCUUGUAAAUGUACUGAUUGGCUCAACUUUCCUGACUCCUCUUUGCCAUUUUCACAAAUCCAUGUCGGUGAAAAGUUGGCAUCAAGCUAAUGGUAUAGUCUCAUUAGGUAGCAUUCUUAAACACUUAAACAUGACUGAAAUUUCCUCAGACUUGACUCUGAUUGUUCAGGUACAAGAACCAUGACUCUAUAAAAGUUAAAAAGUCACUUUGAAUUGGAAAUUUAUAGCUUUUUUAAAACCAAAAAUGCCUACCAUUUAAUCCACGGGCCUCUGUACAUCACAGGGUGAUUAAAAUGACUGACUCUUCGAAAACGUGUGAUCACAUAACCAACUUUUUUUUAUGGUCACCAAGAAGCAAGGGGUGGUUCAGCUGCCCCACAGGCUUAGAUCACCCAUCUCCCCCCGCAUAUAGUGCCUUUGUAAAGGUACUGUGUGUAUUAUUUAAUAGCAUUCUGCUGAUUAGACUUGGUAAGAUAAGAUACUCCUUUAUUAGACAAAAUAAUUAUAUAGGUGGUGUACUAUCACUUUAAUAUAAAGAUCAAACUGGUAACACACACAGUUUAGUAUUUAGUGACUGGCUGUGCAAAAAAAACAGCAGAUGAAAGACAGAAACAAAUGUUUUUUGUUGUGUACAAAGUAACUUAAAGGUCACCAUUGCCACUGGAUAUCGCUAAAUGCUCCCAUUUAUACUCACUGAACCUUUCAGAGCUUUAAAUUAUAUAAAUGCACAGGCUGUCUGUUGCAGUCUUACCAAGCAUACUGUGAGAAUUCCUUCACAUGUGCUGGGUCAGACUGCAGAUGGAGUAUAAACUCUGCAGCCCUUCAGGCCCCACAUGCUAAUGUGUAAAGAAAACUAUAAUGUUCAUGUUAACACAGACGUGUGUUACGUGACCAGGCUAAAAAUGCUCUGUAUGAUGAGAUAUCAGGCUGAGAUAGUGAUGCAUUACAAUAACACAAGUGCAACAAAGAAUGAGGUUAUGAUUAUGUGUGUUUGUUAUUUGUUUUUAAUUACAGUGGCCUCUGGGGGGAAUCUCAUGGUGGAAUUGAAUAAAAAUAAACAAGAAAGGAAAUGAAAGCAUGUUGAGUUGUUAAUAUACAAGAGUACAGGAGAAACCCUGGAGACUCUCUGUUCCCAUUUCAAUUAACACUGUUGGCUGUGUGUGUGUGUUUGUGUGUGUGAAGCUGCAGAUCACACAGUCAUACAGAUUGUUCUUCUUUCAGUUCAUCCUAUCAGUGGACCGAGCCAAUUUGAACAAAGAGCUGCUAACAGGUAGGAUACCAUGCUCACUGCUAAAGGAUAAGGGCUACAUAAGGUAGCCUAAUUCUUUGAGGAGUCAAAAUAAAACUGGGUACCAUUUUUCCUUGACAUCAUAACUAUGAUAUAGUUGGCUAAUAUUCAGUACCAGAGCAAGACCAAUGUUACAUACCAUUAACAUUUAUUAUCAGCUGAACACUCCCACUGUGAAUACUGUGAAUAGCUUUAGUGUGAUUGCUUUCGUGUCUAAUGGCUUUGCUCAGUGUGCAUAAUGAAAUCAUGAACUACAAAAAGCUGGGCUGAGAGUGGCACCUGCAUGAUUUUGCACACCUCCUGAUGUCCUGCUUUUAUCAAAAAAAAAAGAAAGUGGGUUACAGAAGCCACUCACAUGUAGACAUAGAACUGCUUUAAUAUGAGUUUCAUGGCUUUUCAUCAUAAAUUUGAGUUGUGCAAGAGUAGAGCUGUGUUUCUAAAAACAUAGAUUGUUGACAUUUUCCUGCCUUCUUUGAGCGACACAAUCAAUACAUUUACAUGUUUCUCAAUAAAAUCCAUUUAUUUCACUUGUCCAAGUAAAACAGGACUUUAAAAAAACAUGUUAACAUGUUAGAAAUCACAUAAAAUCUUCUUGUAGCCAGACUAACAUUCCUGGAUAAUGCAAGACACUCCUCAGUGGAGCUGAAAUAGACCUGCGUGUUCACACAGCCAGAGGCUGUACAGCGUAAAUGUGUUGCCAGGAAGACGGGUAACAAACAAAAUCUCGACAGACGAAGAAAAGAUGUAAAAAGACAAAACGUUCAUAUUGUACAAACAAAUAUUACAGAGCAGAAACAGCGAUGGUGUCAACAAUGUUGUUGUACACGCUGUUAGACAUUUGCUAGUGCGUUCUGUCAACAGGUCAACCUGAAGACCAGCAAGUUGAUGUCAGUCAUUUGAUUCUCCCUCGUUACCUGUAAACAUAGUAUUGCAGUUAUUCCCUUAAUUGCGCUUUAGCUGUAGCUGAACUUAACUGUGCAUAUACAGUACAUGUUCUGAUAGUUUGGAGCGUAUGCCCUUCAGUUUGUGUCAAUUUUGAAGCAAACUAAUUUGGGACAAAAUCCUCCUGCUGAUUUCUGACAGUCAGGUGUAUCAUUUAUUUUGUUUAUUUCAUAAGAAAAAUUGCAAAACCAAGACCGUCUCUACAGCUGCAAGGAUGACACCUACCCUCUCACACCAGUUUCAGGCAUAAAAACUGAUGAUAUAAAAAUCUUCUGUCUUGUCACUAACGGUUUCUUUUUCAUAAAUGCAAAAAACUCAUCACAGUAGCUUUAAACUACAUCCACUACAUUCAAGGCAUUUUAAAUCACAAUAUUAGUAAAAGAGCAACUCCUCCAGGGUCCAGUACUUUGAGUAUGUUUUACAGGAGGUUAUGAUGUGGUUGUUUAGACACAUUAGUGAAAUCUGUAAUACACUGUAUCUUUACAAAAAUUGUUUAUAUCAGUGUGUAUUAACCACAGUGAGAUCCCAGGUACUGUUAGGUAUUGCUGUGACUCAGUAUUGAAUGGAGCCACAUGCCUUUGAUUGUCAAGCUGUUCAAAUGUUAACCCUCAUGUGGUAGGGAGACUCAUUAUAGACCCCCCUCUAUAAGUUCCAGUCCACUUCUACAAACAGCAUUUUAGAUUGUAUGUUCAUAAAGGUUUCUUAAUCAUGUCUGUAUCCUCAAUGCAUUCUUAAUUCAUGACCUUUGCAGCGAGGAGCCCCAAGUUAAAACACACACACUAACCAAAUGAGGCUGUUAUCUAGCAUGCAGAGCAGAUAUUCCCUGUGCGUUUGCUUCAUGCAAGGUUUUUUUUAAGACUGCGUAAGUACAGCAGGCAGGGGAUGUGUCAGUCUUUCUGCAUUAAAGGGAUUUUACCUAAUAUUUAAUGAAGCGCCUCAGUGUGUGCUUGGAGAUAAUUUGUGACAGCGUGGGUCUGUGUUUAAUUAAUUAGUUAAAACAGAGGCUGAUUGUAAAGCUGGGGCUCUUAUCUUAUCAGGGCUAAUCCAGACUCCUGAAAUUAAGGUUAAGAUAAAGAGAUUUCCCAUAGUGUGACAACGUAAACAUGACUUUUUCACAUCGAGAUACAGUGACUGCUGUAGCUGCUCGAUAGGAGGUCAGCUCCCUGCAGUGAGGAUGAAGUCAAACUGUUGUCUGACUGCUUUUUAUCAGAAAAGUUAAAGGUUUCAUGUCUUUUUUAACAGUGUUAUUUAAGUGCUGCUGUUAUGUCAUGCUUUUUAUGUGAAAUCUCUGAUAUAAGCUCUUUUGUAACAUGUUAUGUCUCACUCACAGAGGCAGAGACGUAUUCAAACACAAAGCUGAACUUUGACCACAAACUGCAGGACUGGAAUGCUGAAACGGGGCUGAUGACCUUUGUCAGGUAAAUAGUUACUGAUGGUACACACGCGCACUCCUGAACAAGCAGCACACACUCACGCGGGUAAUAUAUGUAAGGUUAUCUCGUAGGAGGAUUCUCUGUUUUAACAAUGGUUUUAUUGAUCCUGUUGCCUCAGUGGUCCCUCAUGUAAACACAUGCGGACAUCCCGAGGUCUGAGAGGGUGAUAAACAUGCUGCCUUUGAAGCGUGCGUGCGUGUGUGUGUGUGUGUGUGUGUGUGCGUGUGUGGUUGUUUUGUAGCUGUGAAAUUGGUCGUCCUUCAGGUAAAUGUGACACAUUUACAGCCCAAUUAACAGUCAAACACCUGCAGGUGUUUUCAACUUUGAAAAUUAUUGACAAGUACGGCUGAGUUUUCAAAUUGAAGUCUUCCUUAUCUAAAAAUGUACAAAAACCAUUCCGAUGAGUGUGCUGUCCUUUCCAGGAAUUUCAUUCCUCUAGGUUCAACAUGUACCGGGUUCAAAAUGCAGAUUAAAAUGAGUCUCUGUGGCUAUAAACUUUUAAUUAAAUCAAGUUUAACAUGACAACUGUGGAUGUGCCUGGAAUCUGAAAGUCUCCCUAGAGUGCACCUUACACAUCCAGGACACAUCCCUGCCUCUGCGCUGUAGCGGAGCAGCUUGUGUUUGCUCUCCUGCUUGUGUAAUUAAAGGUACGCAGAGAGCCUGAUGCAGCUGUGAUAGUAUUACCAUCCUCCCACAGCAGCCAAGAAACCAGCAUUGAAUACACACACUUGAUCUGCUUUUUUUCUAAUGACUCUUCAAGAAUCUACUUUACUGCUUUAAAUCUGAUAACAUGUCCAUGAAUGUGUCUAAACUCUGCUUAAGAUUCUGGUCUGAUCUGCCAAAAUGACAUACAGCUGUGCAGGGCAUGCAUAUUACAAAGGAUUUGAUCACUGUUUGAGAUCUACUGAGUUUGAGUUUUAAAAACUUCAAAUCUGUAGUUCAAAGAAAGUUUGUGUCUCUGAAACUGUCUUUUCACUAUUGAGCCUGGUGCAGAUUUAAAGCCCUUGUAAGGAGUUUAAGCCGGUUAUAAAACACAUUGAGAUUAAUAUUGACGACUGUUUAUGAGAUACCAAAGCAAAAAGCACCAUCAGCAAUAAGACUGGCUGUUUUUAUUUGGUGAAUUUAAGACCUGGACUCGCUGGCUUGGUGGACGUCUCACAGAGAACGAUUUACAGCAUGUGAAGAAACUCCUCUUUCACAUUUUCCACAACAAAAACUUCAAAUGAGUGUAACAGUAGACUUUUACAGGAGAUCAGAAUAGGACUUUUUGGCAGAAACUGAUACCUACACACAGAGCUGUAGUUAAGUCACCAGACCUUGAGUCUGAGUCGAAUCAAUAGAAAGUGAUUUCCGGGGGCAUCCAAGUUUAGUCCUAAUUGCCAGUGUCCAAGUCCAAAUUGUGUCUCAUUAUAACUUCAUUAUUUUAUAUGUAUAUUUAAACAGGACCAUCACGAAGAAGUCUGACUAGUAUAUUUAGACAUCAGUUUGGCUCAGCGGUUAGAACAGGUGCGGCCACAUACUGAGACUGCAGUUCUUGAUGCAUCGUUCAUACAAAGGUUUCCUGGAUUUGACAUGAUGUGGUACAUACGGUGUUCAUUUUGUUAUUGAAUGUUAAGAUGUUAGAUGUUCAUCACUGACCUUUUUCAAUGAUGAGAAGAGACGAGAUACAAUACAUCAUUUCUAAUAACUUAAAUACUGUUGAGUAUAGGUUCCUUUUUCACUAAUGAGACAAUGAUAAGACAAGAUUGUUUUAUCUGACAUUUACUCUUCAUUGCAUUUUUCCCACUGCGCAUCUAGUCCAUCACCUGAAAUACAACCGAUACAUUCCUGUAACAGGCUGGGUAAGAUGAAGAGCGCUGUGUUAAUUGUGUGACUUGGCUUCAGAAAGCCUCCUGUUGAUGUACAUCUCUAUGCUCUAUGAUGUCAAUCAUAAACAUUUCCUGAUGCAUGUCAGUAACACAGACACAACCAGCUUUUAGGGCGAUGCAAGUUCAGUUUCUAAAGUUUUGCUGUUUUUGGUGCUUGUACUGUUUCAGCUCUGUGUCCAAACCUCAUUUAGCCUGAUUUGAAGGUAAGUUAGAGAGGAUAUUCAGCAGGACUUCAUGUUGUAACGAAAAACUAUAAAUUCUUGAUGAUAAGAUUGCACAUAACGGCGCAGUGAACUGAGUGUGCGUCCAGCCCAUUGGUGCCAUAGCAUUUCUUGCACUUGAGAACAUUAGGAGCCGAGCCUGGACCCCCUACCCCAACCAGUAAAUGAAGAUGGUGUCAGACAAGAAAUGGUUUUAUCCACAUACGGUGCUGAAAUCAACACAAACCCUGCUAAAAUUACUUUGAGGGCCAUCUCUUGCUGAAAUUCAAUUCAACAUUUACAAAAAUAGGAAAAAUGUCCUCUUAAUUUUUUCCUUUUCUGUUAUCUGUGAGUGUACAAAAGCAAAGUGAGCCACUUCAGAGACUCUUGUAGAGGAGAGGUUUGAUUGAAGUUUGCAGGGUGGAAUAUUUCAUUUAACCUGAAGCACACAGACUUAAUUAAACCUGCAACACCUUGUCUCAAGGCCCCACAUGAAGAAAACUUCACUCUUUUAUAAACUUACAUAAAAGCAGCUCACCUUGUUUGUGUACCUAUAAUCUGACACACAAAUGUCCUCAAAGUUGUGCAGGUUGAAACUCAACCAAGGACGUGGCCUUUCAAAUGAACGAUAAUGUGAGUUGCUAAGGUUGGGUUCGGUUAUAGUAGGAUUAAGAGGAAUCCAAGGUGUAAGAAACUCAAUUUUAAAUAAGAAUAUUAUCAUAUUCAAACUAAUAUCUAAUCUUGUGUUCUCAUACUGACACCAUUUAAGCCAUCUCACAGCUCUUUAAAAACUUUGGUUCCCAAGUCCUCCUCCGAUCCAUCUGGGUCAGCCGUAGCUCAGUUAGUAGAGUCAGCUGUCUCUACAUCUCUAUUGUUCUUUUUAAUUUUAUUGUUGUUUUCUCUGUUGUCUUUGUGCCACAGCCCCAUAUUGUAAUUCAGAUUUAUGAUUUAUUUAAUUGGUUUGAUUUUUUGUUUUAUUUACCUCAUAACCCCACAUCUUUUUUCUGUUUUCAUUAUUUUAUUGUUCUUUUAAUUCUUAUUUUCUUAUUUUUUUAAUUUAUUCAUUCUGAUGUGGUGUUUUUUUUAAUCUUUUUAUUUUUCCUUUUUUUUUUAAAGUCUUUAAAUGACCAUAUAAUGAUUUUAUUAUAAUAUUUUGAUCCUUUUCUUGCUAUGAUUUAUGAAUAAUUUCCCCUAUUGCUGUUAAGAUCUAUUUAUUGUGCUAUGUCUGUCAAAGCACUUUUUUGUUUUCAAAGUUAUUAUUGUCCUUUUGCACCUUGAAGUAUUGGGUGUAGAUAAUUAUGCAUGUGUGUGCUUUCUUUAGGUGUGAUGGGUCCAAGCAGCAGAUCGAGGCCGACCUCAUUGUCGGCUGUGAUGGAGCUUUCUCUGCCAUCCGCAAACAAUUCCUCCGCCGAAGCCGCUUCAACUACAGCCAGACCUACAUCCCCCACGGCUACAUGGAGCUCACCAUGCCCCCCAUCAAUGGAGAGGUCAGUGCGCAGUAAACUCCUUCUUUAAAAGUCCACAGUGGAUGUUUCUCAUAAUUUGAUUUCCCACUUUGAUCAUCCUCCCCAGUUUGCCAUGAAGCCUAAUUAUCUGCACAUCUGGCCGAGGAACACAUUUAUGAUGAUCGCCCUGCCCAACCUGGUGAGUGUGAAUGUACAUUUCUGUGCUCUACAGCAGCAGCAGGGUUAUUGCCACACGGUUUUAGGCCACCGCUUUCCACAAAGGCAUAAUCACUUCAGAAAAUGUGCAGCACAAUUGACCUCUGGGAUGUCCUCUAAGAGUUAAUUAGCCUCAUUCACACAAGCUUCAGAAGCCUGCCCUUCUUUUCACACUGCACUGUGUCUCUGUGUGUUUGAGUCAGGCUGCGCUGUCUCUCUCCCGUCCUCCUUAAUCCUGCAAUGAUUUUUCUUCAUGGCUGACUCAGCAGCACUUGGUGCCCCCCCUCAGCGAGACCUGGUUAAAGCUGCAGACUUUGGAGCUUAUUCGCUCUGUGACUGACUGCCCUAGUUCCCAGGAAAACAUCAGAGCUGAGAAAAAAAAAAAAACAAUAAACAAAACAAGACCAUCCUUGCUGUGGUGGGUGCCAUGGUAACAGAGAGAGUGCUAAAAGGUCCACAGGGAGAAUGUGUGUACUGUUGAUGGAUAGCACCUGCUCAGACGGGCAGAAAAUGGCACACCUAUAACCCCGGCGCUCUUUCAUCCAUCAUCUGAACAGGACGGAGUCUGGCUGUGACAUUUUCAUUGAGGCCAGAGGUUUUUUAAGGCCCAUGAAAGUGGAUUUAUUUUUCAUAAAAGUUUAUAAAUGACAAAAAUAUAUGUCUGACCUUUUGUGUGUGCAGUGAAUGAUAGGAGGAUGUAACUUAAUGUGCGAUUGCAAGGACCCAGACAGAGUAAAUUAUCUUUAAGUAAGACUCAUUUACAUGAUCAUUUCGGCACCUUUUCAAAUAGCUGUCCACAGAGGAUACUUUUCAUUGUUACCAACAAAAGCAUCUGCCGCUGUAGGCUUUAGGCUGUAGGCUGUGAGACUGAGGUUCUCUCCAGAGAGUGGAUUGCUGAAAAAGUUUGUAAACCCCCAAGUACUCAGGGGGUUCACUUAAAAGUAAGAAGACAGAAGGUCUGGGGGUCCUCCUUCAGGUAUUUUAGAGAAUUAAGUAAUUCCCUUGAUUCUGGCGAAUGUUUUUAAAACAAUUUAUGAUAGAAAUUAAAUGAUGUGAAAGAAAAAAUGAAAAUCAUCAAUGCAUAAUUAAAAAAGAAUGACUCCUUCUUCUUGCAUGAAUGAAGACACAGUGAAGUUUGAUUUAAUCUGAAUCAAUCAAUCUUGAUUCAUAUAGUGCCAAUUCACAACAAGUGUUAUCCGACAAUAAAAGCUGACCGUACUCUAUUUACAAGGACCCAAUGUAAAGAUGGGAGAAGAUUGAUCCCCAUCACGUAAGGUCAUACCCACUUCCAUAUCACCUUCAACCAAACGAGUGUAACACUUUGCAACACUAACAAGUUACAGUGGAAAGGAAAAACUUCCUUUAACAGGCAGAAACCUUGAACAGGACCAGACUUAUGUUAGACAGUUAAGAGGGGAGAUAGAAGGAGAUGCAGAAAGACAGAGAUGGACAGAGGAAGAUCAGGGUUUUCCAGAAAAAAUCUGUAUUAGUGACUCUAAUGGGAUUUUUUUCAGAGCUAGUGACACAGACAGAAAGAUGGUGGAAAAAGUGGGAGAGGUGUUCAGUGUGCCAGUGAACUGGGUGGUGUAGGCAACAGCUAACCCAUCACAAACAUAAACAAGUUUGUCAUCAACAGAUUGCCAUACUUUCAAACACAGAGUAAACUAUGGAAUUAGUAAAAUAUGACAGAUUUAAAUAAUCCAUGCUAAUAUGAAAAAAGCUCCAUCUGCAAAAGGAAGCAAAAAAUAUGAGACGAGAAAAAAACGUCCACCGCUGAAGGCUUUAUCACCAUCCCAUUAUCAUUGCAUAAAAAAUCUGAUGUUAGUAACUCUGGUUCAUUACCUGACGCUGAUUUGUUGCUUCAAUGGUGUGUGUGACAGUUUUAUACUUUAUAUUUCAGCUGCAGCCCUGACGGUACUUAAAGGGAGUGUUAUGGAGGUAAUACAAGAGAGUAACUCAAGUGAAGGGCAUCCAUAACUUUGAUAUCCACCUCUCUGAUGUCAGUCCCUUUUGAAAAAUGUUCAGUCAUCAACUUUGAGUAGAAGGAGGGGAAUAAUGAGCAGUGAAGAUGUCUGCAUAUUUGUGACUUUGCAUGUGGUAGUAACUAAGCUGCUAACGCUGCCAUCAAAUCACUCAUCUCUGUUGUUCAUAUUUUACCACGCUGUAAACGCUAUACUGUUGCUUUCACAACGUAGUUUUGAUGCCAUGUCCUGCUUCCUGAGACAAAGACUCUUCUACGUACUGCCCCUCACCUGUCUACCAGGGAAAACUUGAUGUUGUUAGGCAAGUAUGUGAACAAAGAGUUUGGAAAAUUUGAGGGGCAGGGCUACUGGAAUUUUCUGGAAAUUUGUAACAAAAAAACCUAUUUCGUCACAGCCACUGAUGGUUGUUCAGGGCAAAUUGAUAGAGAGGAACUAUCUGACUCAUCAUUUGAUGUUUGACCGUGAAACUAAAAGACGAGAAAACAAAAAUAAUGUUGUAACGAAUCUUAGUCCCACAGGUGUCCACACAAAGCUAACUUGAUUCAACACGAUUUUCUGCCAGGUUAAAAGGCAAACACCCUGAGUUUAUUCUCUAUUUCAGGACAAGACGUUCACCUGCACUCUCUUCAUGCCCUUUGAAGAGUUUGAGAAGAUCACCACAGGAGAUGAAGUCAUUGAGUUUUUCCAGAAGUACUUCCCUGAUGCCAUCCCACUAAUAGGAGUGUAAGUCGAUCUCUAACGUCCAUCUUUUCUUUUCUCCCCUCCCUCUAUCUCUUCUUCCGACCUGCCGACCCAUUCUCAGCAACACAUUUUCAUUUCCCAUCGCCCUGUCGACUCCAGGACAGGCACAACUAGGAUCUGUGAUGUGUGAAAUUGCAGACUCAGUCUGACAUGAGUUUGUGCAGCGAGGUUUUAAUUUGAGGUGAGCCGUAUGUUGUGGGUGACAGAGAGAUAGCAGGGGAUUUCGUUCUGCUGUUCCUGCUCUGGGAUGACUUUAGUUUGAGCACUCAGGCAUGUUUUUAAUCCCCUGUUUGGCUGUUUAACUUCCCAGUGAGAUACACUGAAUAUGGCGAUUUUAACUCCUAAUAUUUGUCACGUAUUUUUGUACGAAGCUACAACCAAAAUCUGUUGUUUACAGGCAUGUGACUAUGAAAAUGAAUCCUCAGAAUGAGUUUCUAAUAGUUUUAUUCCUGUUUCGUUCUCGCAGCGAUGCUCUCAAGAAGGAUUAUUUCCGGCUGCCUGGGCAGGCCAUGGUGUCUGUCAAGUGCUCCCCAUAUCACAUCGGGAACAAAUGUGUCCUAAUGGGCGAUGCAGCCCACGCAGUGGUGCCUUUUUACGGUCAGGGAAUGAACGCAGUAAGUAACGCUCAAUGAAGGGGAAGAAAGGUAGAAAAGAUUUAAAAGGAGACUCAUUCACACGUUUGUGCCUUGCAGGGCUUUGAGGACUGCAUUGUCCUUGACGAAAUAAUGGACAAGUUCAAUGAUGAUUUCAGUAAGUACUUUAAAACUGAGAAGAUUAAAACAGCAGCAGCAGACAAUGACCUGACACUUCAUUUGCAAAUCUGUCUUCUCCUCUUUGUGCGUCUGCCUAGGUGCUGUGCUGCCUGAGUACACCAGAGUGCGAGUGCCAGACGACCACGCUAUUGCAGACCUCGCCAUGUACAACUACAUUGAAGUAAUACAUUUGUUCACUCUGCCUCAAUUUGACUGUCAUAUCCUUGUCCACCAUUAAAGCUAUUAAAGAGGAGAUAAGUGACUUCAGCACAAAAAGGAAGGCUCAUGCCUCAAGUAGUAGAACCUGCAUUUAAAUAUAUAUAUAUAAAGGUGUUGCUUGAAGUCCUUCACUUUUAGAGAAUUAUCACUAACUACAAAGUUUUAAAGCUUAGUCAGCUCUCUGUUUUCUUUUUUAAUUUGUGUUGGUUUUGGCUGCAGCCUUCAGCUUUUUUUUAUUAACAAGCUUUAGAAAUCCACCUUGCAUUACCUGCCUGACACUCAGCUGCAGACAGACAAAGCUAGAGGCAAGCCGGUGAACAUCAAGUGUUUUGGUUGCCAGUUUGACUCUUUGUGAAUGUUGAAACAUGUGAAUACCAUGAGGCUCCACUUUUGAAUAAACUGGCUAACCUUGUUUUUCUAAAGAAACAAAGUGGGCAACCUCCCACACAGUGUUUGAAAAGAGAAAUGGCAGAUUUUGUGUUGUUGUAAAUGGAGUCCGGUGGUUAUAGAGGGAGCUGGGGUCAAACAGAUUUGUCGUUGACAGAGACGCUGGUGCUCUGGUGUGAAUCCUAACUCUAGCUGUGAAAUAAGUGCGAUGCGGUACAGAUUGCAAAACUUUCUUUAAAAUAUAAAGGCAUAGAUGCAUAAAAUGGUACUUGAUGGAUAAUUACAUUGCAGCAUAAUUGCAGACUUAGUUUGCCUCACUCUAUUACACCAACAAAUCACUAUAUCAAAAGGGGGAGACAAAGAGUGAAACACAUCUUACAUACAAACAAGUGAGUGACAAACAAGUGCACAAUAAAACGUCGACAGUCCAUAGCCAGCUGUAUUGUUCUGCUUUUGCUAAAGACGCAUUAGAGAAACAUACUGAUCUUCAUAACUACUGUAUCCUGGAUGUUUAAAGGUGAGCUUCAAAGGUGGAGUCUAUAGUGCUUUCUUAUGAAAAAAAGAUCGACAGACAGCUCCUCAGAGAAAUUAAAGCUGCAACUGGCAAUUAAAGAGUCCUCGUAUUGGGAUUGUGUUGCAUCUACAAGGUGUGCAGAAGCUGUUGGUUAAGAAAAGAGCUACAUAGGUGGAGAGGGGUUUGGGGUCUCAUUAUGAACUAAAUGAGUGUCUGGCAGUGUUCAGGCAGAGACUGUGAGCGUACAUUUUGUACUUUAAAGCACAUUGUACAGUGUAGUCCUGUCUUUUAUUCGUAGGUGGGGCAGUGACUUUGGCAAACUUAUGGUCUAUAGGAAUGUUUGUGACAGUGCUUUAGUCAUACAUCUAAGAUUGAAAGCCUAUUUAAAACUAUAACUAGAAAUACAUAUAACUUAUUUUGAACAAAUGUGGCUAAUAUUAUAAUUAUAAUGUCUAUGAAGAUGAAAUGAAGCUGGGGAAAGCAUGACACCUGCAAAUUUGAAUGAAAUUAGACAUAGCAUGUAGAAGUUUGGUGCUGUAGCUAUGGAUGAGAAAUCAGCAUAUAGAAGUGUUGUUGUGGAUGUUGAUCAUGUAUAUGAAAUUUAAGACCACUUGAGUUGUGUAUGAAGGAGUUAAAAUAACUUUCUGUGAGAUGGGUUUGAUGGGUUGUCAGGGAGACAUCCUUCAACCAAUACUCACAGUCUGAACACUAUGGCUUUAUCGUGAUCAGAAGGCUUUGCUGAACACAGAUGAAGUGAAAAUGUUCAAUGGAGGAAGAGGAUGAAAAGUCAGACUUCCUGUUGGCAGAACGGGGCGCUAUGGCUAUUUACUUUGACAUAUGAAACCUUGUUCACAUCAUCAUGAUUAAGUCAACUAGUUGAGCAAACAAGUUAUUUCUACGAAUGGACUCUUCUCAUUACAACUGACUGAUGGACUGCACUCUGAAAGCCAGAGAUUGAUUUCAGUGCUGCUGCAAUAAUCACAGAAAUACAAUUUCACUGCAGUAUUUUGUUAUUCCUAAACUUAUCAAAUCAUCUGUUCUUUUUUUGUUCUGUAGAUGCGAGCCCAUGUCAACUCCAAGUGGUUCCUCUUCAGAAAAUAUGUGGAUAACUUCCUCCACCUCCUCAUGCCAAAGAAAAUAAUCCCUCUGUACACAAUGGUAAGUGUUAUUUAAAGCAAAGCAAUCACUUAAUUUCAUGUAAAUCUUCAUUAUAUGUUGCUCUCCACUGUCUACAGGUCACCUUCACCAGGACAAGGUACCACAAAGCUGUCGAGCGCUGGCACUGGCAAGACAAAGUGAGACUCUCUCUUUACCCAGUUUCUGUUCAGACUUUUUACAUUUUCAGGCACAUUUCACACCUCGAAGAUUUUAAUAGUGUAAUUCAGUCUCUUUUGAAGUCACAGUAUUAUCAUCAGCCAGCAUGAAAGGGUGGAUAUGACUCUCACUUGGGUAAAUACUUCCAUUUUUAGAAACAUUUGAUUUAUCCCAACACAAACACAAAGCACUGCAGCACAAUGACGUGUUGAGGAUUUCACCAGGUUGGCUGCAGAUGAGCAGGUUUGUCCUUGGCACUAUGACGAACUGUGCAAUUUCCCCUUUGCUAAUGGCCUACAGUCAGAGGGACGACUGGGAUUUCACAGCUUCCUGUGCUCUGUGAAAAACCCCAAAGGGUGUGUGGGCAAAAUGACCUCUGUGAGCGGCAGAAAAACUGCUGAAUGAAGCAGAGUGUACAGUAGUGUAACAUGGUCGUUCUAAAUAAAGCACUGACAUACUGACAUGGACAAUUAAAGCAUCUGCAGUGAGUGAGGACGUCCUAGACCAAUGAUAAAAGCUGAUGGAGCCGCAAUGACAUCCCCCAUUGGUUUGUGAACUGCCUUUGGCAUAUUGAAUGUCACCAUCAGGCAUUUGGAGCCAUAAGUCUAAAAAGAGAGAGAGGAGUUGUAAAAGAAAGGUGUUAACAGAUGCAAAGUUAUCUGUUAGCAGAGAGCUUCUACUAAUCAAAGUAACAGAUGUUGACUUCAAUGUCAGUGUAUCAAGCUAAACUGAGAGAUGAUAAAUUAAGCCCACAACCCCUCAGCCUGUUAGCUUUGUAACUGAGGGUAAAAGUUAGGGAUUUAUAUUUGCAAAUGCAUCACCCUCGCUAGUCAGCAGCUGCGGGUAAGUUUAAAAAUAUAUGUAUUUUACUCAUCAUAGAUUCAAAGUUUUAAUCAGGAGUUUUUUAAACAAUAGUGAAGCCUUCUAGCUGGGGCUGUAGCUUUGUCUAAAGCCCCAGCAGGAAGCUUCUGGUAAAUGGCAUGUAGGCUAUAGCAUGUAUAGCAUUGCACAGCACAGUUUGGAAGUAUUUUGAUCCAACUGAUGGAAAUGAAGUUUUAUUACAGCUGUGUUUUAUUAGAUUAGCAGAAAACCACUUGACUUGAACAACCAGCUCAGGCAUGUGGACAUCAACCUGUAAGAAGGACUGAAGGCUGGUGGUGCUAUCUCUGUUUGACUAAGCUGCACUUAGAAAACUAUUUUAACAUAAUUUACCUGCAGACUCUUGUGUUUAGUGGUGUCUAGGUUUGACUGUCUCCCAAGUCUUUUUCCACCUUUGGAGCGGUCAUUUCUAUUUAAAUGACUAGACAAUCAAUCACUUAAAAACAUCCCUAGAGUCAACAUACUCAUGCUUGCACAGAAUAGGAUACUCACUGUUUUUAAGUUGAGUUUUGGCCAAUUUAGGCUCAUCACACUUCCAAUAUGGGAAUUGAACUACCGCGUGCAAAUCGUUGAAAGUGCCAGCAUUUUCACAGACUUCCUGUUGACAACAGUGACUGCGGUGUUUCAGAGAUAUCCUAAUCUGGUGGGCGUUUUUAGGAAGUCACCGUUGAGGUCAGCUAAAACGCUAUUUCCGUUAUCAUGAGCAAAUGAUCUCUGUUAUGGCGAGAUAAUGAAAAAAAAUUAGAGCAAACAAACUUUGUAUUAUUGAGAUAACAAGAUAGUAAGCCACUAUCCUGAGAUAACAGUGCAUAAAAAAAAACAAAAAAAAAACAUGGCCAUUCUCGCUUUCUGUACAUCUGGCAGUGUUAGUGCUUAAAUCAUUAUCUGAAAAACAAUAAUUAGAUAAUACUUGAUUUCUAUAAGGUUCAUUGUUGACAUGUUUAUUUUUCAACUUUCUGAAACCUUAAAAAAAUGUUUUAGACUUUGUUUUCCACUUUGGUUGAAUUAUGCGCUGUAUUGUUUAAUUAUGAAUUUAUCAUUAUGACUGUAAUGUUUGAGGAACUAAUACGAUUUUACAUGGAAAAAUCUGAAUUGAAGUUAAUUACUUUCUUUUAAAUGUAUUUUCACAGGUGAUAAACCGCAGCCUGAUGUUGAGUGCUACGGGAGCUGCUCUGGGAGGCUCCUAUCUGCUCAUUAAAAACCCCCCAGACAUCAACAAGCUAAUCAUCCCUGCUGAGAAAAUGUGGAACAGGCUUCUGGCCCUCAGGACCGCCUGAGCACGGGCACCCUCUCUGAUCUGACAGACAAAAACUGGAGCUUCAAACACCAGAGGAAAAAAAAAGAGUCCAAACUUUAAUUAGAGAUUAAUUCAGUCCUUAAUGAGCACGAUGAAGGCUCAGCCAGGACGAUUAAUGUACUGUGAUCAUAACUAACCCCAGUCAUUAUGAUUGAUAAUAAGUUUUGAAUGAUAAUGGUUUGACAAAAUAAGCUUCAACACUGAAAAUGUUCAGCCCUUCUAUCUGAUUGUUUUCAGGCUCCCCUACAUCAUUUGCACAAUUUUGCUGUGAAAACAAAAACGUCAAUAUUAAACUCACUGCCAGCAACUCUAGUACGUGCUGAAUGAGCUUGUGGAGACAAUUAAAGAUGGUUUGGAGAUAUUAUUCUCUCAAUUCACAGUUACUGCCAGAUUAUUCUGUCUCAGGCUGAAGUUUUACCUGCAAAAAACUGUUUUUGAAGCAACUAUUGACUGCAGAGCAAGUUAUCAUCACCCUUUAAAUUUUUAAGCUUGUAAGGCAUCAAUUGCUCAUGAGAAAAUCAAGCACUGCUGUACUUUUGGAGACCAGAAUCAAGUCUUUUUGUAGUUGUUUUGGUGGUUUCAGCUGCAGACUGAAUAAAACAUGGAUGUAGUCUCAGGGAUGUCGACCAGUGGUUUCUGUAGAGGUGUCAAGAGGCCAAUAGGUAGUGGUUCUUAUACUGGAAAAACUAACUCCAGUGAUAUACAGCCUUGUCUCAAAAAUAUGAUAAAAUGACAGCUGUAGGUGCUUGGCUGUAAACUGCCUUUUCAGCCACAGUAUGUUAAGGUCAUACCUGUUGCCCAGAGUUUUCAAAAAAAAUAAAACCACCCUUUUCUUUUCUUUUUACAGAAAACACAUUUACAUUCACAGGGGAACAAAUAGGGAGCUCCUCCAUAAUUUCAUUUGUAUAUCAGGAAUUUUCAGUCAAAAGAUUACUUGGCUUUAAUCUCUCUAAGUGCAGCAGACAAAUAAAUACCAGAAUUUCAUUAUUCAGAAACCGGGGCACAUUUUUCUUGAAAAGUCUGGAGGUUGCCGCUUGUCUGAAACUCCUUGAGCUUAGAAAAGACAAGAGGAGCUGAAGUUUUACAGCUUUUUAUUCAGAGGAGGUCCACUGCUAAAGGUGACCCCUUUCAGAGUAUCAUAGUUUUUCUUUUAACAUUUGAUGAAAGAGGCUUUGGAAGAUGAAUUGAUCAACUCAAUUUCAAACUUGAAGUUUGUGCCCAGACUGUAUAAGAAAUGUUCGUUAUUCAAAGUGGGGCUACUCCUCUGCACCUUAAACCAGAUGUCUUUCACUUCAUCAGCAGGGGUGACUGAAUAAGAGUCAAUGAGAAAAUUAGACUAUACUCACUUGAUUUAGUUUUCACUAUGAAGAUUUUCCUAAUGAGUGUGUGGUCUUUGUCUCCAUCUGAGGUCUUUCUAAUUAAAUUAUUAUGUCUAUUUCGUAGUUACGGUCUUGUUUAGAGGAUGAGAGAAGAUAAAACAGAGCAUGCGUUUGGGUGGGGGCUAUCUUGUGACUAUCUAGUCAUUGAAAAGCUCGUACAUGGGUGACCUGAAAAUGUUCAGCUUGAUGUUUUUGUCAUAAUUAGGCUGUACUGAAAUAUUUUACAAGGUAUGGGCUGUUCAUCUAAAAAUAUAAACCAAAAAUGACCAAAAUUGAACAUUUCUGCUCCCAUCAUGGACAUCUGUAGAUACAUCAUGCAGAUCAAGUGACUGGGGUAGGUGAUACCUGAGCUGUACCUUCUGGUUUUGAAGCGAAGGGUGAAAUAAAUGUUCAGCUCCACUUGAGGCUGGCCCCAAAAGCCAAGGAGUCCAUUUCAGAUCUUAUAUUAAAAUGUCAGUUUUACAGAAGAUAUAAGUAGAGAUGGAUUUCAUUAACCGAGUCCAUUAAAUACCAAAUUAAGCAUUUUUCAAACCCCAAAAAUCAAUGAUAUUUGAGUCUCAAGGGUCCCUUGAAGUGAGGAUACAUUUUGAGUAAUGUUGUACCAUGUUAAUUAAAUCAAAUUGUGCUCAUUAAAUCACUGGACAAUAAAAUUUUCUAUUGAACAAGUAUAAAACUACUUAUUAAAAAGUCCUGGUGGUCAGUUGUUGUAAUGAUGGCUGAAUAUGAAAUGAGAUCCAAAGUGUAGCUUCAUUUUCCAAAUCCUAAAUGUAAAUUAAAAUGUGGUAAAUGUUGCACUAAA